CUCCUAGCCAGCAAGGCGGGUCUGGAGUAGGAACGCGAGGGACUAUGGGGAAGAACUCGAAAACCGAAGCUUUUAAAUCGCCGGAGGACAGGCCACUGCAGCCCAGUAGGUUACAUAUAAGGAGAAUUUACUAAAUCAUCAAGCUAUGCAGAAAAACUCCAAGAGGAACAAUAAUUCAAGAGUUUCUGAUAUAGAAUUGAAUCCUGUGGAUGCUGAGAAGAAAAAGGAGAGUCAAAACAACUUCAUUGAACUACUGCCUCCAGAAGUCACUUUUAAAAUUUUCAGUCAGCUAGACAUUCAGAGUCUGUGCAGGGCUUCAGUGACUUGCAGGAGCUGGAAUCACACAAUAAAAAACUGUGACUUCUUAUGGAAACCUCACUGUUUGACUGUACGAGCUGUGUGCCAAAGAGAAAUAGAUGAUGAUCUAGAAAGUGGCUUUUCCUGGAGGGUAAUACUACUGAGGAAUUACCAGAAGAGUAAAGUGAAACAUGAAUGGCUAAGGGGAAGAUAUAGCAACAUAAGUUCUCCCAUUAGCCUGCCAGAAAAAAUCAUGUACCCGAUGGAUGCAGAUACAUGGGGGGAAAUUCUAGAAGCAGAACUGGAAAGAUAAAAGGAAAAAUCACAAAUAUAUUGUAACCUUGAGAGAUUAAAACCAAAAUGACAAUUUGGUUGCAAAAGGUGUACCUUUAGUUGUUCAUUUUUUUUGUUCUCUUUUUAAUAUUUAACAUUUUUUAAAAACUGAUAAAGUAUUAUGAAAGUUAAAACUUUAUUUUUAUUUUGUAUUUUAUUAAUAUUUUUAUAGUUCUGUAGAAAAAU